UUAUAAAGCAGGGAAAUCGUUCGUCAGACACAGUUGUCUGGUCACGUAGUUCAGUGCUGCCUCGUUGCUGAGCAAUAUGUAUUACACGAAGUUCGCUUCGGAAAUAUGUACUAUUAAUUAGUUUCGAGUGCAUGGUAUUUUGUUUGAUUAUAAUAUACGUUGUGAAAAAAAUUCGUGAUGGUUUUCGUAAUAAUUAUAGUUCUUGCGCUAUUUCAAGCUCCCGAGCUCGCUUGCGAAGACUUUGGGUAUGAUGGAGUUAUAGGUCCAACGUAUUGGGGAGAUAAAUAUCAAGAAUGUAGAGGCAAACACCAGAGUCCGAUUAAUAUAAAUAUUCUUCGUGUCAAGCAAGUCGCUUUGCCGGAUAUUAACUUCGUCGGCUUCGAUGAUCCCAUAGAUGACGUACACGUCUCAAACAAUGGUCACACGGUUUUAAUCGAAGUGGAAAAUGAACCUCACCCACGAGUUAGUGGAGGUCCUCUUGACGGUGCAUACGUGUUUAGUCAGAUGCAUUUUCAUUGGGGAGACAACGAUACUUUUGGCUCUGAAGACAAAAUUAAUCACCGAAGCUUUCCAAUGGAAUUGCAUAUGGUAUUUUUUAAAGAAGAAUACAAAACAAUAAAGCAAGCGGUCAAACAUUCCGAUGGACUCACAGUGCUUGCUUUCUUUUAUGAGUUGGACCGCCACAAACACCCAGCCUACGACGACAUAACGUCAGCUUUGAGCAACGUAACAGAACCUCACACAUCUGUCGUGAUGAGCCAACCCUUUUCUUUUCUCAACAUCUUACCUUUAGACCUUCGAAGAUAUUUCACGUACAGAGGGUCAUUAACCACUCCACCUUGCUCUGAAGUAGUCAUAUGGCUAGAUUUUGAGCAACCUAUCAGAUUGGCACAUCAUCAGAUUGAAGCGUUUAGGGAGUUGCGUUCAGCAAAUGGAAAAAUUAGGCAUAACUUCAGACCCAUACAACCAAUAGGCGAUCGAGUGGUUUUUUACAAUGUUGAUAAUAACUAUUUCAAUUAUAAUGAAAUCGAUGAUCCCGAUGAGGCAACUGGACCGAGCCGAAGAAAAAAAGGUCACAACAAUAGUAGUACCUUAAGAAUAAAGUCGUACAUUUUUCUUAGUUUAUUUAUAUUAUUAUUAUCAUAUUAGAUAUUAUUUUCUUUAUUAUAGUGUAAUUGUAUUAGACUGAAUAAUGUGGUUCUUAAAAAAUUCGCUUAAUUAUUAAAGCCCACAGAUGUAAGAGAUUUUUUGCAGUGUUAGUGGAAGUUAUUAGUUACUGUGGUAGUUUUGUAAGAUAUAUUUAUAACAAGUGGAUUGUAAGCUGUGUUAACUUCAUAAUUAUAAUUAUUCAUAUUACGGAAAUAAACUGUGAUAAAGAACUUUU